ACCCACCCCUACCUCCGAAACUAACGCACGUCGGCCAUCGUCCCCACCAAACGCCAACACUAUGGAUCUCCGUCGUAGACUCCCUCCUAGACCUCCAUCCACUACCUUCCUCAACCAACAGAAGGCUGUUACUGACGGUGAAGAUCGGUCACCUUCCUCCACGAAGGCCGGUGUUAUUGAUCGCUCACCGUCGCCAGUUCCUAAAGCGUCGGAUGCAUUACCGCUUCCUCUUUACCUAACAAAUGGCAUUUUCUUCACUUUGUUCUUCUCUGUUGCCUACUACCUUCUUCACCGUUGGCGUGACAAGAUCCGGUCGUCUACGCCGCUCCAUGUCGUGACGCUCUCGGAGCUGGCCGCCAUCGUCUCCCUCAUUGCCUCGUUCAUCUACCUUCUAGGGUUCUUUGGCAUCGAUUUCGUGCAAUCCUUUAUCACCACCGCACGUGGCGAAGAAGACAGUUUUGUGCUUGAAGGUGAAGUCGAACACCAUUCUGAACCUAAACCUAGAAUUAUGGAUCCACUGCCGUCUCUCGCUCUCGCGUCUGAAGAGGACGAGGAGAUUGUGAAGUCUGUGGUUUGUGGAUCGGUUUCGUCGUAUUCUCUGGAGUCACAACUCGGGGACUGCCUUAGGGCUGCUUCGAUUCGACGGCAGGCGUUGGAGAGAACAACGGGGAGGUCGUUGUUAGGAUUACCCUUGGAAGGCUUGGAUUAUGACUCGAUUUUAGGGCAGUGUUGCGAGAUGCCUGUUGGUUAUGUUCAGAUACCCGUGGGAAUCGCUGGCCCGUUGUUGUUGAAUGGUUGUGAGUACAUGGUGCCUAUGGCAACCACCGAAGGGUGUUUGGUUGCAAGCACAAACAGAGGCUGUAAAGCUAUUUUUGCAUCCGGUGGAGCUACAGCGAUUCUUUUGAAAGAUGGAAUGACGAGAGCACCUGUUGUAAGGUUUGCCACGGCGGAGAGAGCUUCACAACUCAAGUUCUUUCUUGAAGACGCCAUCAAUUUUGAUACAUUAAGCGUCGUUUUCAAUAAAUCAAGCAGAUUCGGCAGGCUCCAAAACAUUCAAUGCUCAAUCGCUGGGAAAAAUCUGUACAUCAGAUUCACUUGCAGCACAGGUGAUGCUAUGGGAAUGAACAUGGUAUCAAAGGGUGUCCAAAACGUGUUAGACUUUCUUCAAAAUGAUUUCCCAGACAUGGAUGUGAUUGGCAUAUCUGGAAACUUUUGCUCGGACAAAAAACCUGCUGCCGUGAACUGGAUCGAAGGGCGUGGGAAGUCUGUUGUUUGUGAAGCAGUGAUCAGUGAAGAGAUUGUGAAAAAAGUUCUUAAAACAACAGUUCAUGGUCUUGUAGAACUUAACAUGCUCAAGAACUUAACUGGUUCAGCCAUUGCUGGUUCUCUUGGUGGCUUCAAUGCCCAUGCCGCCAAUAUUGUGUCUGCAGUCUUCAUAGCCACUGGUCAAGAUCCUGCCCAAAACAUUGAGAGCUCCCACUGCAUAACCAUGAUGGAGGCUGUCAAUAAUGGAAAAGACCUCCACAUAUCCGUUACUAUGCCUUCAAUUGAGGUUGGUACGGUUGGAGGAGGGACACAGCUGGCAUCACAGUCAGCAUGUCUGAACCUACUUGGAGUGAAGGGUGCAAGCAUUGGGUCACCGGGGUCAAAUGCGAGGCUGUUGGCGAGUGUGGUUGCUGGUUCGGUUUUGGCAGGUGAGCUGUCGCUGAUGUCAGCAAUAGCAGCGGGACAGCUGGUUAAGAGCCACAUGAAAUACAAUAGAUCAAACAGGGAUAUGGCAGCAAUUGCAUCAACUGUUUGAAGCUUUUGCAGUUUUAUUUAUAUUAAAUUGUAUUUGUGUUUGUGUUUGUAUCGAUCAGUCUUAUGUAUAAAUUAAAAUCUAUAGGGGAGUCCUGGUUUGUGAAGAGCUAUUUAUUUAUAAGUCGUUAUUUUUUGAUUGGUAA